CUUUUUGGUCUAAAGGUAGUAGUCCUGUAACUUACGCUACCUGAUUGAAAAUAAGCUUUUAUACAAUAUAUUUGAAACUGAAAAUUGUGCGUAACGAGUCAGAUUACAUGGAGACUUAUUAUCCAGCCUUCUUGGAUCAAACAUUUAGAACGAAUAUCACACAAAGUAGCAAUACCGUUGGUAAAAACCAAGUUCAUCAUCAUCCUGUUGCUUCUUUAAAUGCUUCAAGAGCCCAGAGCUUUCCUGUUUCUAUGCAAAAAGAUGUCGCGGAACGAUCCCUCAUGGACCUAUUGCUUCCUUUGCCCACCGAAUUGAACGGUUAUAACGAUAAAGAUGGGACAUAUUGGCAACAAGCAGUAGGCAACACUCGUGAAGCAAUUAAUGCAUUGGCUGACAGAAUCGCAUCUGUACGAAAUAGCAUCCAAGUCAAGGAAAACAAAUUUCUUGUGUUGACAAAAGCAAAGCCUUUUACAUGUGUACAGAAGAAGGCAGCGCUUCAUUACCUUGCUGACAUAGCUGACUUGAUACAGGAAGAACAGCGACUUUGCUCUUUUUUGUCUGAUCUUAUUGUACGUGACGAUACCAAGUAUGAAGAAGAAACAAAAAACGUUUGUGUAGAGUCAAAUGAGCAACAGAAGCAAGAAAACAGCUACCAUGCAAGAGGAGAAAAUAAGUCGUGCCGCUUACCUACAGCCUCACAUUGGACCAACUACAGCAACAAAGAGCCUUCACCAUUUGCCACGCUGACUAACGUCAAUAAUAGCAGUCAUAGCAGUGGCAAUGCUGGUGAAAGCAAGUAUCUGAAUAGCUCACAACAACAUGAUCACUUUCCACAGAAAAUCAUUCAGUACAGUAUACAUGAGCUCAAGGACAUUCGCAAGUAUUCGACAAAGAUUCCUACAUGUUAUCAUGUCUUGGAAAAGCUUUCCAUGUUUUUGUUUCACAAUAAAAAAAGAGAUAUUCAUGACGAACGCAUUCUGAAUGGGUUUCAAGAAUCAAAUGGUUAUCAGCGGCCACGACAAAGUUAUCACUUUUCCUGCAGCAAUGGUUUUCAUGAAAGAAGCAGUAACUACCAAACGAACGUCAGCAAUAAUGUAGAGACAAUCCAUGAGUAUCCUAUUACCAGCACUACUGCUACUACGGCUUCGACUACGACCACUACUUCUACUCAGCCUGCCUUCAAGUGCUUUUCUAUCCCAAGCGAUAAAGAUGAAGGUUUGGAAGGAGAGCAAACCUUUCAAUUUACCGGUGUUAUUCCUUUUCUUCAUUGCCGUCAUCAUAUCUGUGAGACGUGCCUUCAUGAAGAGCAAACAUAA